AUUUCUUCAGUUUAUAAAAUUCAUUUUUUAGAAAUAUGUUUAAGCCCGUGGAUAUCGGUGAUAGUUGCCCUUUAGAUGAGACAGCAUGGAACCAAAAGAAAUCAACUUCCAACUGUUCAGGUGUCUUACCAUACCAUUGCAUCCCAGACAAUAGGCGUGUCCCGGGCGAAAUCUGUAUUGGGUUAAUCUGGGUUCCACCGAAUUACUGUCCUGUGUAUAACCUAAAUGCUGAAAAAUUAGAUGUGGAAGCAUGUGACCUUCAGCGAGGGAUCUGUUCAAACAAGGAUUUUCAAUCUCCAGAGGUGUACAAAUAUACAGGGUGCCUGAAUAUCACAAGACAAAAGGAUCAAUCUUCUGGAGGGACAGAAAACUCCCAGCCCCUCCCUCUCCUGCCCAUUAUUGUGGGUAGUGUCUCCUUUGUAUGUUUAGUGGUCGUCAUUGCCUGUAUCUUCUGUCUGUGUAGAAGAAGGGGCAGCAGUGCAGGUAAAAAGGAGAAAGAUGUAGAAUUGCAACAACCAUUAGUAGAGACAUUUCCUCCAGAUUUUCAUAGGAUUUGUCAUUAUUUGAGUGCAAAUGUCUUCUACCCAACCAAGGUUUACACAAAAAGUGUUGGUUUGUUUGAGGUCCAUGGAAGUUUGCUGUUGAUUGGUCCACAUGGGUCAGGAAAAACCACUAUUGCAGUCAACCUUCUCAGCAAGAAGGUAAAUACAACAUCAAAUGGCAAAAGAUGCUUUGUUGAAGUUUGCAAGUCGGUUGAAGAAAUUGCAAGUAAAAUAGAUGAAUCCACUGUUACUUUUGUGCUGCUGGAUGAUGCAUUGGAGCAAUAUGCCUACCAAGAGUCUUUACUUGACACUCAUUUAGAGGUGUAUGAGGAAUUGAAGAGAUUGAUAGAGAUUGGUUAUCUUCGAAUCAUUUGUACAGUAACUGAUACCAUUUGGAAUACUUUUCGGGCUAAGUUUUCACAAUGUCCAUUUUUCUCAAAAGAAUUUCAGAUUGAAUUAAAUGACAAGACAAUAGACAGACAUGAAAAAGAGGAAAUUCUGAAGACACACCUGCAAUACAACAAGUUUGUGAUCUCAAAAAAGAAGAAAGAUGAGAAUCUGAAAAAAAUUGAUAAACAUCAUGCUGAUAACUCUCAAAUUGUUAUCUCUGAAGAUACAAUAAAGUCUUGGGCAAAAAAGGCAAAAGCAAAAAAUGGAGUUGGCAUUCCUUUGCUUUUUGAUCUAAUCAGCACAAACAAGUCUCUGUUUGUAAAUGCUGACACUGUUCUUUCAGAUAGUUUAGAGAGUGUGUUAAAAAUGCGAAUUUUACAUCUUAGAAAGGAUUCCAAAGGAGCCCUGGACAAGGACUUUGGUAGCAUUCUUAUUUUUGCUGCUUUCUGUGGUGGAAAAGUAUCUGUACAAGAUUUUGUGGAUAAAGAAUCUGUAUAUGUUGAAAUUUGUAGUAAAAUAGGCUGCAGUAAGAAAGGUGUCAAGGAAAUUGAAGGCUUGUUAAACAUGCAUGAGAUGGGAAGCUACUUUUAUCCUCUGAGGGGAUGCUAUAUAUUUCAUCACAAAAUUCUAACUGCCCUGAUUUUAUCAUCAACCGUGAAAGAUAAUGAAGAGCUGGUGUUGCAGCAUGCAGACCUGGAUGUUCUCUACAGAACACUUCAGUCUCAGAAAAGCAAGUACCCCCUGUGUGUGAAAGUGAGUGAGAAGUCAUUGACAAGUUUGACUGAUAGAAUUGGUAAGGAAACCCCAGAUGUUAUUGGGAAAUGGCAAAAUCAUGUAAUCAUGCAGAGUGAGAAGCCUAAGAAAAGGUUGAUGAAGGCAAUGGAGGAUUGCAGGGAUGGAGAGGCUCAAGAAAAGUAAAGUUGAUAAUACAUG